AUGGGAAAUGUUCUUCAAUUUGAUGAAACCAAAUAUAUUCCAAAAGCAAUCGGUGAUGGAAGGAUUGGGAGUUCCAUUGAUGGCAUUGAGAAAGUCCAAAUCCCCGAUGAUCUUCUCAUAAAUAAUUGUGAUGAUCCAGUAUCGGCAAUUGUUGAAAGUACAUAUCCAGAUUUCUUUAAUCAUUCCAGUGACAUUGAUUACCUCCAACAAAGAGCAAUUCUUGAUCCGACUCUUGAUAUGGUGGAGUCGAUCAAUGAAUAUACGGUUUCACUCAAUAAUAGUCCUGAGAAGACAUAUUUAACUUCUGAUACAGUCUGUAUGUCUGAUAAUUCCCUUUCAGCUUUGGAGCACGUACAUACACCCGAAUUCCUAAACAGUAUUAAAUGUUCUGGAAUUCCAAAUCACUCUAUUACUUUGAAGGUUGGUGUUCCUGUAAUGUUGCUGAGAAAUAUAAACCAGUCAUCAGGAUUGUGUAAUGGCACGAGGUUGAUCAUCACAAGACUUGAAAAUCGAGUUAUUGAAACCAAGGUUUUAUCGGGUGAUAUGGCUGGACAAAAAGUGUUUAUCCCUAGAAUGACGUUGAUUCCAUCAGAUACAAAAAUACCUUUUAAGUUCCAGCAAAGACAAUUUCCAAUUGUUGUAUCUUUUGCCAUGACAAUUAAUAAAAGUCAAGGCCAGUCAUUAUCUCAUGUGGGUUUAUAUUUGAAGAAGCCAGUAUUUACUCAUGGACAAUUGUAUGUUGCUCUUUCACACGUGACGAGUAGAAAAGGAUUGAAGAUUUUAGUUUAUGAUGAUGAUGGCCAAAUAACAAAUGAAGCUAGAAAUGUGGUGUAUAAAGAAGUUUUCCAUAAUUUGGAUUUGAGGCAGGUGUAUCUAGCUCUCAGUCCGGUGCGCGUCCCUGAGCAGACUCGAGACUUCUAUG